AUGGCGACAAUCACUGAUGUUGGCGAUGUUGAGGGUUGGAUUCAGCAUCUGAUGCAAUGUAAACAACUCCCAGAGGCUGAUAUCAAGAGGCUAUGUGAGAAGGCGCGUGAAAUCUUGAUGGAGGAGUCUAACGUACAGCCAGUUCGCUGUCCUGUGACAGUGUGUGGCGAUAUUCACGGACAAUUUCAUGACUUGAUGGAACUUUUCCGCAUUGGGGGUAACUCACCCGAUACCAAUUACUUAUUCAUGGGUGAUUAUGUGGAUCGCGGUUAUUAUUCUGUUGAGACUGUGACAUUACUUGUGGCUCUGAAGGUCCGCUAUAAGGAUCGUGUUACAAUCCUGCGUGGAAACCAUGAAUCUCGUCAAAUCACACAGGUCUAUGGAUUCUACGACGAGUGCCUACGCAAGUAUGGCAAUGCUAAUGUUUGGAAGGCGUUCACAGAUCUCUUUGACUACCUUCCUCUGACGGCUUUGAUUGAGGAACAGAUUUUCUGCCUUCAUGGAGGUCUUUCACCAUCUAUUGACUCUCUCGAUCAUAUUCGCCAACUGGAUCGUAUUCAGGAAGUACCACACGAGGGACCCAUGUGCGACUUGCUGUGGUCGGACCCAGAUGACAGAUGUGGAUGGGGUAUUUCUCCACGUGGAGCCGGCUACACGUUUGGACAGGAUGUCUCGGAAACAUUCAACCACAACAACGGACUGACCCUGAUUGCAAGAGCUCAUCAGCUGGUUAUGGAGGGCUAUAAUUGGUGCCAGGAUCGCAACGUUGUAACGAUUUUUAGUGCACCAAACUACUGCUAUCGAUGUGGCAAUCAAGCGGCGAUUAUGGAGAUUGAUGAGCACUUGAAGUACACAUUCCUUCAAUUUGAUCCUGCUCCUCGUCGUGGUGAACCACAUGUUAGCCGUCAUGUCCCUGAUUACUUCCUGUAA